AUGUCUGCGUCAAACAAUCUCCGAAGCCCUGCCCGAUUUGUGACCGGCCAUAACAUCGACGGCGCGUCUAUCUUCGAAUCUAGUAUAGACGAACGGCCACCGACCAACAAAUUUGGUGAUGACAUGCAAAUCAUGUUCUGCUACGGCACGCAAGGAUUUCCCAUCGACGUGAGCGAAGGAAAGGACAUGCAAAACUACGAGAAUCUUGUGCAAAAUCCUCCGGGCAUUCUUGUUCCUGAUGGCUCGGCCGCUCGGAUAAUCGACUUUGCACCUGGCUAUACGACACCAAUGCAUCGUAGUAUGAGUCUGAAUUACAACUUUGUCAUCGAAGGGGAGGUAGAGGUGCUCCUCGAUUCUGGCGAGUCAAGAAUCCUCAAGCGUGGAGAUAUGUUGGUCCAGCGUGCUAUCAAGCAUUUUUGGAGGAAUACGAGCACGACUGAGUGGGCGAGAAUCACUGCUGUCGUGCUGCCUGUACAGGACUUUAGUGUUGGUGGACGAACAGUGAAGCAGGAUCUAUCUUCUCGCUCUGAACAGGAGGGUAAAGAGGAAGGCAAUGGUACCUGA